AGAGAGAGAGAGAGAGAGAGAGAGAGAGAGAGAGAGAGAGAGAGAAGCUCGUGCUAAAGUUUGACGGACGGAUCGCAGAUACAAGGGUCGACAAAAUUACGUGUCGCAAUCGACGUGCGUGUGAUCGACGGUAGCCUUGCCGAAAAUUACAUACUAUAUCAACAACAGCAUUAUUAUCGGCUAGACGCGCGUUAACGUCGGCCGAUUUCUUGCCGCGCCCUGCAACGAUUGACUGUAAGGACUCGGCUUCCUCCUCGUCUUCAGAGCCGCGGCAACGUGCUCUCGUCGUGUCUGUACGGGCUGCAGUCGAUCAACGAGUUUGUAAGCGCUGACGCAAGUGGAAAGCGUCGCAUUUUCUUUCUCACUGUCGCGCACGCACGCACGCACACACGCACUGUGAGCCGACGCAAGGUAAACCACGCCAACAUGAAGGACCUGAUGAUCCUGUGGCACUCCCUGUCAGGCCGCAAUUACUCGCGCACGGCUAACGUCAACCCCGACAACUCUGACGACACGGGCGACCAAGAUGAGUCGAAGACGCAACCUCAGAUCAAGAACUUCCGAAGAAAGUCCCCGGUGAUGGUGAAUAGAUUCCUCAACGGCGCUGUACCGGUGAAUGCUGGCUACAGGGAAAAGUGGUCGAGAAAUGUUUUCAUGCUGAUGACUCUGGGCUUGCUUGGCCUUGCGUCCGGUUGCUUCGUGCUGCUAUGCCGACCGUACGAACUCUUGUUCAAGUGGAAAAUAACGUUCGGCGAGGGCGGCGAGAUCUUCGAGGCGUGGCGGAACCCCGAAGUCGAUCUCUACGUGAAGAUUUACCUGUUCAACGUAACAAAUCACGACGAGUACUUGCAAGGUCGGGACAGCAAGCUACGAUUCCAGGAAACUGGACCUUACGUGUACAAAGAAUUGCUGGAGCACACGGAUAUAGUCUUCAACGAUAAUGGCACGUUAACAGCGGUACCACUUCAUCCACUGCAAUACAUGCCGGAAUUGAGCAAUGGCUCAGAACAGGACAUUCUGAUAUUGCCGAACAUAGCAUUGCUCAGCAUUGCAAAUGUCAUGAAAGAUGCAUCGUACGUAACCAGGUGGGGGCUAAACAUGCUGAUCCGGCAAACAGAUUCUCAUCCUCUGGUACGAAUGACUGCGCAUGAAUUCAUGUUCGGCUACAAAUCAACUCUGGUUACCCUUGGCUAUCACAUAAUGCCUUCCUGGAUCAAAUUCGAUAAGCUGGGAUUAAUCGACAGAAUGUACGAUUUCGACGGUGACUACGAAACCAUUUACACGGGAGAGACCGAUAUCCGAAUGACGGGCUUGAUCGAGAAGUACAACGGAGACGUUAACCUACCGCAGUGGACUGGUAAAUGCGCAAAUGUACAUGGCGCGAGCGACGGCACCAAGUUUCAAGGUUUCAUCCAACCGAAUGACACGCUCCUCUUCUUUCGCAAGAGCCUCUGUCGAAGUGCACGGAUGGUACGAGUUGGUGAGAAGACGGUGAAAAGCUUAUAUUCAUAUCAUUACACAUUCAUGGAGAAUGAAUUAGAUAAUGGUGCAGUAAAUCCAGAAAAUAAAUGUUUCUGUCGUCAAGGCACCUGCUUGAAAUCCGGUUUAAUUGACGUGACCGAUUGUUAUUACGGUUUCCCGAUCGCCUUGUCGUACCCGCAUUUCUACAAAGCUGAUCCAUCGAUUUUGGCGUCCCUCGAAGGUCUGGAACCUAAGAAGGAAUUACAUGAGUCCUAUUUCUUCAUUGAACCCACAUCUGGAUUACCCACAUCCCUGGCGUCUCGCUUUCAAAUCAAUAUGGUAUUACAAAAUAUUGAGCAUAUAGCCAGAGUAGAAAAACUUGCCAAUUUCGUGCUCCCACUGUUGUGGUUCGAAAUCGGAAUGUACGGAUUGCCGGAUAGUCUAAACACGCGCUUUUUGUUGUAUCUGAAUGUCCUGCCUACCAUGGAGAUUGUAAUGAUGUACCUGCUUUUCUUCUCCGGCGUGAUGUUCCUCAUUUGGAGCAUUGUGAAAAUUUUGUCUCAUCAGGAAAAGAGAUCGUCGAUAUAUUGGCUGGAAAAGAAAAUGGCGAUAAGAGCACGGACCCAAAACGAUAGACAAGCCGACCUGAAAUCACGAGAAAUGGAUACGUGCAGUUCGCCGCUAGUGUCUAAUGAUUCGAAUCCCAUGCCAAUAAUAGUGUAAUAAUUUAGUGAUAAAGCCGUGAUACCAAACGUAAAUGUGACAAAAAUUCAUGGAUUUUGACGAGCGGAAUCACGGUACGUUAAACGAUCCUGUACAAAAAUGAACAGACUGGAAUCUUCAAAACAUAGUCGAUGUGGAUUUUUACCCACUAAGACUAAACACUAACUAAUAAUAACAUCAAUAUUAUAAUUUACCACUCAGACAGAGAAAAAGACAGAGGAGCAGGAGGGAGAAGAGAACAAUAUAAAUGUAUAAUGAAACUCAUAUUGUACAUAACUGUUGUACACAACAGUUAUAUAGUGAGAAAUUAUAACAUUGAUGUAAUGUUAUUAUUAGUUGAUGUUCACUAGAUAGUAUGUUAUAAUGGCAUUUUCUAUUUACAUUCGACUAUAUUUUGUCAAUAUUGCCAGUAUGAAUAAGAUAUAUAGUAGGAGAUGCAGUAUUGUAUAUUAUAAUAGUAUAUUACAACAUAGCCACACAUUAUAUUGCUACAUAUUUCUUUUUCUAAAAAAGAUAUUCAGGAAAGUUACGAGAGAUUUGAUCGAUCUUUAAACAAAUUCUUUUUCAAUUUAGCUUGACGUUAAACUCUAUAAUAAGGAAAUUAAUAAAAAUUAAGUAAAUUUUUCCUCUAAUGAAGAACUUUAUUGAUUUAUUAUACUCAGACUGAUGCUUAUAAAUCAGUAAUGAUAGAGUCAACUAUUAUGUCGGAAAUAGUAAAA